AUUGGCAGUUUGGCCUGUCAGCUGGUCAGGAAACACCACUGUAUGUCGGCAUCUCGUAUAUCGGCGUUAAAUUCUGUCCAAAAUUCGCCCCGUAAGUAGUAUUUGGUAAUAAUAUGUUUUAAAAAUAGACAUAUGGUUUGAAAUGUGGAGUUGAGAGGUAAGUUUUGAGAUUUUUUGGGUAGGUAUCGAUCCCCUUCCCCACUAUCAUUAAGUCAUAGACAGGAAAAUCGCUGCACCACCAGCAAAACAUGCGUGAUAAGGUGUAAAAAAAAAAAAAAACGGGAAGUGAACAGUGAGACGAGGUUGAUUUCGGGAGAGCUGCGGUGCAGCCGGCCCGCCCCACCCCGCCCACGUUAGGUGCGAAGCCUAGAUCCGCGCAGAGGCGACAAAACUGGACAAGACGUCGGACAUCGUCGGAUACAAGCCGGGCUCGGCCGGGGCUCUGACCCCGCAGAAAAAGAUGAAGAAACGAAAGGAGCUGAACGCCUUGAUUGGUCUUGGUGGCGACGGCAAGCGCAAGAAGACCAAGAAGUGCUCCGGCCACCGGCUGCUGCGCACCGAGCCACCCGGGUCGGACUCUGAGUCCAGCUCGGACGACGAUGAAUUCAACAGCACCGGCGGCGUUUCGGCUUUCGGCAAAAGAAGCUACACACAGUGCUGCAGCAUCUGCUUCCCGCUGUGCGCUUUCAUCGUCCUUGUGGCCUGCGUGAUGGCCUGCGCCGGCUUGAUCUGGAUGCAGAUCGCCCUGAAGGAGGACUUGGACACACUGAAGGAGAAGCUGCACGCUAUGGAAGCCAGCCAGUCUGCAUCAUCACAUGAAAUACCGAAACUGAGCGACGAUCUAAAAGAGGAAUUAAAAAAACUCGAGCUGCUAGAAAACGGCGAUCGGGGCCUCAACAAGCUGUGGUCGAAUCUGACAGAAAUAAAUCGAAAGAUCAAUCUGCUGGACUCCGCAGUCAACCACCUGAAAACCAACAUUAAAUCUGCCUCAGAUUUAAUCAGCCUCCCAACUACGGUGGAAGAACUUCAGAAGAGUGUGGCUACGAUUGGGAGCACACUGACAAGCGUGCAGCAUGACGUGAGGACCGUUCAGACUGCAGUGGAGGAUCAUCGCAAAGCGGUGGACGAUCUGAAGAAUGCCAUGGUUGAAAACCAGCAUACAGAAGAUGCCAAAUCCUCGUCGUCCUCCACAGAAAAGGUGAAUGGCAGCUGUACGCCCUGUGUACCUCUGAAUCAGGAUGCCUUGAGUGAGUCUAACGGCACGCUGAUCAUCUCGCACGGCGACGAGCGGAUCCGAAAUCUGAGCGCAGCCAUCAGCAGCCUCACCCAGAAAGUCUCCUUCCUGGAGAGCAGCUUCCUCCUCCUCAAUGUCACGCCGCCAUCCCGCCGGACUAUGAUGCCUGAACCGCAGCCUCAGAAUGGAAGUAAAAUGGGUUUGGGCAGCGAAGACAAUGGUGAAGUUGCUGGGGCGCCCCCUGCAGGACGGUUGAAGGCCGAAAUGGUGGUCACUGAUGCCACUGAAGGACCUUUUCAGCCCACCAGGAGACCUAGAUUUCUGUCUCAGAGAAUCUCUAAAAAAGAGCUGUCAAGCAACGAACCCAUGCUAGCCCCCUUGCCCGGGAUAACAUCUUUAAAAGAUCUUGAAGACCUCUUCCGCAGCUCUGCUGACACCUCUCAAGGUCUGUCGUUCAGCGACCUGAAGAACAUCCUCGGGGAUGCAGUUCCGGACUCCCGCCUCUGGGGGCGCUGUGACAAAGACGGUAAUGAGAGGCUAAUGCUGUCGGAGCUGCGGUGUAUGACUGGGCUGUAAGCCAACGUGCUGUCCUCCAGUGACAGUAUUACUUACGAGGUGCAGCCUUCCCCCAGGCUGGGCCUUGAUAUUGCACUUUUUUUGUAGCUGACUUGUGGAGUAUUCGACGAGAAGCAGGUGGGCUUGCACAUUAAGUUAUUUACAGUAAGCGUCCACCAACCCAGUAUCAGCUCAAUUAUGAAGGUUGUUCCUUUAUUCCCCCAUUCAGUCUCUAAUUAGGUUCUUAUGUAACUUUACUCACAGGAGAACUAAUAACUUUAGCAAAGUUAUGACUUUCAAGAUGUUUUUAACAGAUUUUCCCUUGAAUUAAAAAAUAUCUGGUUUUGUAAUCUUGGAUGGUAUUACAUUUUAAUGAGUGUCAGCAGUCAAAAUAUUUUUUUUUUGAUGGAAAUGUAUUUAAAAAUAUCUUGCAUACUAUAUAGAAUUUAUUAUUUUUUUGGUUUGAAUGUGAAUAAUCGAUCUUUUUAAUUAGUGAUUACUCAAACUUUGUGUAAUCUGUAAUUUAUUAGAGCGGGACUGUAAAAUAUUACUGCCGCCUUCAGAAACCUGAAGUCCUUUUUUUUGUAAUUCCCUUGUUUACAUGCCAAUUUAGCUUUUUAAGGGCUAUACAUAAAAGCUUUUACAUGGUUAGGGUGCACCGAGCAUUUUAAGCAUACAAACAGUAGCAAUAACUGGCAGAACACAGUUGUAUGUCGCUUAAUCAUUCUGAGACUGAACACCGGAGUAAUGAAGCAUCCGGCGCCGAGGCUGGCGAAAGCCGUGUGUGAUUUGGUGGCCGUGGCCGGUGUUCUAGUGAUGUCAUAGGUUGGGGACCACUCAAUCAUCUAGUACUGUCUUUUGUAAAUAAGGUUGUUCCUGUUUGUGUGACUGCGGGGUUGGGGGGGAUUCUCUGUAUAGGCUUAGUUUGUCAUUGUAUAUUCUAAAAACCAAUGAUUUUAUGAGGUGGUGGUAUGCAUGUUGGACAGUGUAACAAUAAAUGUGUAAAUUAUGGAACGAA